AGGCAGUGCGCAUGCUCGAGGGUACUUAAUAUGAACGCUGUCUCCCGUCUCAAGACAUCUCAGACUCAGUGGCCAUAAUGGGCAGAUAAGAAAGACAAAAUAUCUGCUGUGUGGAGGCUAGAAGGUUAGUAAGACCUCGGCAGAUACCUCCUCUCUUCCUGCACAAGCAGUCCAGCAAGUUUACAGCACAAUGGCUGAAGAAGACUAUGGCAGUUUUGUGGACUGGAACCAGAUGGGGGAUUUGGCCAAGAGCAGCGGGCCCACCAAGGUGGACACUAAAGAUCUGAAAGAGUUCAAACAGAUGGCUCGACAAGGUUAUUGGGCCAAGAACCACAAGCUGCGGGCACAAGUCUACCAGCAACUCAUCAAAGCCAUUCCUUGCCGUACAGUGACCCCAGAUGCAGCAGUGUAUCAUGACAUUAUGGGAAAUGCAGCCGCAAAAAAAACCUCCACCAACGUCCCACUACCAGAGUUUGUGGAUGGAAAUCCCAUACCACGGUACUGUCUGAAGCCGGAGGCAGUGGCCUCAGCCCAUCAGAUCAUCAACUGCCUCGCUGGACAGUUUCCAGAUAUCUCUCAUUGCCCAGCUCUUCCUGCAGUUACUUCAUUGCUCUUGCACUUCAGUGUAGACGAAGCUCAGUGUUUUGAGCAUGUCAGCCGCAUACUGGCAUGCAACGAGCCAGGGAAGCGACUUAUAGACCAGACCUUCCUGGCUUAUGAGUCUAGCUGCAUGACCUUUGGUGACCUAGCCAAUAAGUACUGCACAGCUGCUCACAAACUGAUCGUUGCCACGGCUCAGGAUGUGAUGGAUGUCUACUCAGACUGGCAGCGCUGGGUCCUCGGUGAUCUGCCUUUUAGCCAUGUGGUUAGGGUCCUAGAUGUCUACCUAGUAGAGGGCUAUAAGGUUCUUUACCGCGUGGCAGUAGCCUUGCUCAAGUUCUAUCGCAAGCAUAAAAUGGGAGCAGAGGGGGGGCAGGGCAACCAGCAGCAGGAGGAUUCAAACAAAAUCAAGGCAGAUAUUCAGGCAUUUGUUAAGGGCAUUGCUUCCACCGUUACACCUGACAAGCUGCUAGAGAAGGCCUUCUCCAUCCGCCUGUUCAGCCGCAAGGAGAUCACCCUGCUGCAGCUCACAAAUGAGAAGUCCCUGCAGCAAAAAGGAAUCACUGUAAAGCAGAAGCGCUCUAGGCGGAACGUGCAGCUGGCACUUAACCCUGACACAUUUUCCUCGGAGAUAGUCAGUGCCAAGGAGAUGCAUGACAUCUGGUCAUGGAUCCCAGAGCGCUUUGCCCUGUGCCAACCACAGCUUCUCUUCACAACCUCCACCCACGGUUGCAGCCUGAAUAGAUUCUACUCACAUUGUGAGGGCCACGAACCCACUCUGCUCCUCAUCAGGACCACAGAUGGCGAUGUAUGCGGAGCGUUUCUGUCCACUGAUUGGGAGGAAAGGAAGAGAGGAGGCAACAAGUUGAGCUUCUUCGGCACAGGGGAAUGUUUUGUCUUCAGGCUGAAGCCGGAGAUGGAGCGUUACGAGUGGAUAGUAAUCCGUCAUCCUGAGCUGGCUUCGUCCAUCAAGACCCAGGCUCAGGAAGAAACGGCAGCAUCUGAAGACCAGAUCACAGACAGCAAUAGCUUACAGCAGCCAGAAAAACCUCCUGGAGAGCUGUCGCCAUUUCUGUCUGCCCGCCACUUCAACCUGAACUCUAAGAAUACUUCUAUGUUCAUGUCUGGAAAUGUUGACUCCAUCAUAGUGGGAGGAGGCGACGGCAACGCUCUGUAUAUCGACUCUGAGCUGAACCACGGGCGCACUGGCAGUUGCACCACCUUUGACAACCCGCCCCUGUGUGCAGAGAGCUUCCAGAUUUCACUGCUAGAGGUGUGGGGCUUCCAGGACACCAUGGCCUCAUAAUGCUGAGCACAUACAUGCAACACAUACUUAGGUAUUCAUCCACAAACACUUAAACGUAUGAAAUGAGAAGUCAAGUGUUUUAAGUGGAAAACAGACAUGCAAACAAAACCACAUCCGUCCUGCAAAUUCAACUCUGAAUUACUUUUUUUUAAAAUUUAUUAAAGCAGUUUGUUCAAAUUUCUGCAAAUGAACAAAAAAUGUUUCUUUUUUUCCUGUUUAUUUUUGUAUUUAUAGAUUUGUGUACUCAUUUUUUUGACGUGAUAAUGGAAAUGUCCAGGAUCAACCUGCUGAGCAAAACCAUUUGAUUUUCUGAAUGUAAAUUUAAGUCUUUUUUUUGUUCUGUAGUUUAUCUCAAUCUGCCAAACUCGUUGUUAAGCUAACUCUGCAGUCCUUACAGUACUAUCAGGUCAUGAGGUUUACAACAGCAUGUGUGAAGUCGAGUCUCCAUGUUUGUGAUAUAUGAUGAACAAAAGAACCUAGAUGUUAGAAAACCUGUCGUAACUUCCCACACUUCCUGAUAUAUCGUGAAUAGAUGGGAGAUCUGACAAAUGAAUUCAUGGUGUAAAUGUUUAUGAAGAUCUAGUGAAUUUUUAUGUUGCCAUUUUGCACCAGCUUUCUCUUUGAGUCUGUGAUGAUUGUCUCCCUUUUGUGCAGUAUAUGAAUAUAAAGUUGUUAUUUUUUUUCCUUCUCCUCUACAUCAUUUUCCUGUUAUUUCCGUCCUUUCCAGUAUAAAGAUUGUAAUAAGAAGUUGAAACGCUGUCCUGUUCCUAAAGUGUCAUUGGGGGGGCCUCUGUGUGAGUGUGUGGAUUUGAAAAUGUGCUUCAGUAAAGUGUCAAUUGAGUAAUUGCAAAUGUGAAAAUACAGCAUUAAGCUUUCAUCAGA